GCACUGCGUCACUUCCUUUCACACCGGCUCUCUGUCCGGGCUUUGCGCCGUGUCCGGACCACAGGAAUAAAAACUCCAAAAAGGCACCACACAACUCACAGUCAUGGCGAAGUUCCACGCCCCUGUCAUCCAGGACAACCCGUCUGGAUGGGGUCCCUGCGCCGUCCCAGAAAAGUUCAAGGACAUGCCCUAUCAGCCCUUCAGCAAAGGAGACCGUCUGGGCAAGGUGGCUGAUUGGACUGGAGCAACCUAUCAGGACAAAAGAUACACAAAUAAGUACUCCUCUCAGUUUGGAGGAGGGAGCCAGUACGCUUAUUUCCAUGAAGAGGAUGAGACGAGCUUCCAACUGGUGGACACUGCAAAGACGCAGAAGACUGCCUACCAGAGGAACCGCAUGAGAUUUGCCCAGAGAAACCUGCGUCGUGACAAGGACCGGAGGAACCUCACUCCGUUCAACAUGCAGACGCUGCCUAAGAGUGCCAAGCAGAAAGAGAGGGAUCGGAUGCGACUCCAGAAGAAGUUUCAGAAGCAGUUUGGUGUUCGUCAAAAAUGGGACCAGAAAUCCCAGGCUCAGCUGAAGCCGAGGGACUCCUCUGUGGAGGUGAGGAGCGACUGGGAGGUCAAAGAGGAGAUGGACUUCCCCCGACUGAUGAAAAUGAGAUACAUGGAGGUGGCUGACCCCGUGGACAUUGAGUGCUGUGGAGCUCUGGAGUACUAUGACAAGGCAUUUGACCGAAUCACAACCCGAAACGAGAAGCAGCUCAAAAGCAUCAAGAGGAUUUUCCACACGGUCACCACCACAGAUGACCCUGUCAUCCGCAAGUUGGCCAAGACUCAAGGCAAUGUGUUUGCCACUGACGCCAUUUUGGCCACUCUGAUGUGCUGCACGCGCUCAGUCAACUCCUGGGACAUCAUCGUCCAGAGAGUUGGAAACAAGCUGUUCUUUGAUAAGAGGGACAACUCCGACUUUGACUUGUUGACUGUGAGUGAGACUGCCAAUGAACCGCCCCAGGACGAGGGAAACUCCUUCAACUCUCCACGAAAUCUGGCCAUGGAAGCGACCUACAUUAACCACAACUUCAGCCAGCAGUGUCUACGCAUGGGAGGUGAACGCUACAAGUUCCCAAACUCUAAUCCUUUUGUAGAAGAGGAUAUGGACAAGAGUGAGGUGGCAUCUGUUGCGUACAGAUACCGUCACUGGAAGCUGGGAGAGGACAUCGAUCUGAUUGUUCGCUGUGAGCACGAUGGAGUGAUGACUGGAGCCAACGGAGAGGUGUCCUUCAUCAACAUCAAGACCCUGAACGAGUGGGACUCCAGGCAUUGUAACGGAGUGGACUGGCGUCAGAAGCUGGACUCUCAGAGAGGAGCUGUUUUGGCCACUGAACUGAAGAACAACAGCUAUAAACUGGCCAGAUGGACCUGUUGCGCCAUGCUCGCUGGCUCCGAGUACCUCAAACUGGGGUACGUUUCUCGUUACCAUGUGAAGGACUCGGCACGCCACGUGAUCUUGGGCACGCAACAGUUUAAACCCAAUGAGUUCGCCAGCCAGAUCAACCUGAGCAUGGAGAACGCCUGGGGCAUCCUCCGCUGUGUCAUUGACAUCUGCCGCAAACUGGACGAAGGGAAGUACCUCAUCCUCAAGGACCCCAACAAGCAAGUGAUCCGCGUCUACAGCCUUCCUGAUGGCACCUUCAGCUCGGACGAAGAGGAGGAGGAAGAGGAGGAUGAGGAGGACGAGGAGGAAGAAGAUGAAGAGAACUGAAGAGGAAAUAAUCCUGACCAAAUAUGGCCUGUCACAAUUGCAUACAUUCUGGCAUAAAUAAAGAGAUAUUGGCCUAAA